AUGCCAUCCUUGUGGAUCGUUUGGAUCAUCUUCCAGGAAUACGGAUACGCGUCUUCGUCGUCUGCUAAAGCACACGAAUCCAUGCUAUCCAGCACACCGGAGCUGUUAAAUCUCUGUCGGACGAUGAAAAACGAUCGGCAUGGCACGUCAAACAGGACCAUUCAUCCCAAAGAUAACCAGUUACUAGCGGCGCAUGAUAUCCUACUCUCGGAACCGGUCCCGUUUCCCGUCUAUCAACCCUCGCCAACAAUCAACCACCAGCAUCAGCUGCAGUACAUCGACUACAAGCUCCACUACGGCCUGAGGUACAACCCACGAUACGAUGGAAGCAAAACGAAUGUUCAACGACAUCCGUCGUCAAAGAACACCUCUUCUUGGAAUGCAACAAAAGCUAGUUUACCAAUGCCCGGCGUUAGCCCCAUCAGGGAGCGGAAUAAGCUGAUCCCACCGAAGCAGUACAAAGCACCUGCGGUGCCACUGUUGAGCGUGAUCAACAUCAUAACGUUCGUCAACGGGCCGUGCGUACCACGGAAGAACGCACCUGGCAAUACAUCGUUCGUGGUCAGCUGGAUGGGUAUUUGCUACCAUGAAAAAGAGUGCAGCCAGUUGAAAGGCAUUCCGAUGGAUACCUGCGCCGGGGGAUUUGGAGUGUGCUGCGUUUUCCAGUACGGGUGCGACAGUAGGUCCGAACAGAACGUCAGUUACUUUGUCAGUCCCAGCUUCCCGUCACCCGCCGUAGAACCAUUGCCGUGUACCUUUACCCUUGCCCUGCAUCGCAGCGUGCGCCAGGUGGUGCUUGAGUUUAUCUUCUUUGAGCUACAGCCACCGCAGCUGGGCAACUGCAUCGAGGAUCAGUUUGUUAUAUCGAUACAAAACGACCAUCGCAUCUACCCGGUGCUUUGCGGCGUAAAUAGUGGACAGCACAUGUACCUUGAUAUCGAUCGAGCGUACUCCCAUCUGGUGUUCUUGAAUGCAGUUUUUAGCUCCCGCCAGCCACGUGCAUUCCUCGUCAAGAUAACGCAGCUAUCCACUCCCCGGGCACCGAUGAACUGCCUUCAGUUUCACGAUGGGCUGAGCGGAAUCGUGAAGUCGUUUAACUAUGACAAUUAUUCCACUGUGGUGAAAAACCGAAAAGCUAGCUAUCUGAAUAACCUGAACUACGCGAUAUGCAUCAAACGGCACAUCAUGUUCUGCAACGUUGUAUUUACGAACGAGAAUGCCCUUGGGAAGGAAAAUAUUUUUCAGCUAGUUAACAUCGCAGAAGACGGUUCUAGCCUCGUACCACCGAACCAAGCGGGAGUGGAAAUAUUCAGCUGCCCAGACGAUUACAUCGCCAUCAAUUACAUGCGAUUGUGCGGCGAGCGGUUGAACGAUGGUAGUAUUGUAGCUGAUUUUACUAGAAACACACCCGUUUCUUACACCAGCGCUGGGCCCAUUCUGGUGGCGGUACGAUCGGAUGAAUCUAUCGUUGGCAGGGGCUUUAAACUUACGUACAAACAAAAUGUUUGCAUAGACAAGAUAGUGUAG